AUGUUGCAAUAGCAAGUUUAAGAUUAAAAUCAAACAAGCACUUCCUUUCUAUCUAUUCCUAGAUACUCUUUUUCAUUAUUAAAUCCAUCUGUUUAUUAUUACAAUGUUGCUCCUGGAAAUAAUAGCAAACUUAUAAUUGCCACUAUUCAAAAGAGAAAAAAUUGGCAAGAAUCAGAUAAUUAUUUACUUCAUUUUUAAUGGAAUAUGAAUGAUAACUAUUUUAGAUACACUACACUUAGCUAAUCCAAAAUCUAAAUUGUUAAUCAUUUACCUAACCAUAGAGAACUUACUAUGAAAUGCAAUCUAAUCAAAAAUUUAAAAUAGUUUUGUUAAUCCAAUAAGCGAUAUGUAUGGGAUAUUACUCCAUUAUCUUUUACUAUUGAUCUUUAUGCAAAAGAAAAGGAUCUUGAUAAAGUUCUUAAAGAAUUUACACCUAUAUAUGAAUAAUUCAAACCUUCAAAUAACAAAAAAAAUCCAAUCAACUUACCAUUCAAAUCCAAUAAUCAAUAUAUCUAACCCAAAAUGCAUCGUAGUUUCUUAGAUGAAGAAAAUAAUUAUAUUUGGGUAUUAAAUUGCUCUAAAUAUUUAAGAUAUUAAAACCAAAUGAAUUUAAUAGAGGAAGAGGUAUCUCAUUUUUUAGAACUAUAGAAGAACUGAAGAUUCUACUUAAAAAAUUUACUUAAGGAACUUCUGAAUAUUAAUUUAGUUAAGGCUAAAUUAAAUCUUCAUCUUUUGUCAUUCAGAAAUACAUUUAAAGACCAUUUUUAUUAGAUGGAAGAAAAUUCGAUAUUAGACUUUGGGUUUUAGUUACUCAUAAAUUUGAUAUUUAUAUAUUUAAUUAGGGCUAUGCUAGAUUAUCUUCAGAGAUGUUUGAUCUUACAUAAUUAGAUGCAUUCAUUCAUUUAACAAAUAAUGCUGUAUAAAAACAUUCUAAAAAUUAUGGCUUUUUUGAAUAAGGAAAUUAAAUCUCCUAUUCAGAAUUAGAUUAUUAUACUAAUGGAGAAUUUACUAAAUCUGUUUUGCCAAAAAUUAAAUCUAUCAUUGUUUUUUCUUGGAUGACUAUUUAACAUACAUUUAAAAAAAUUAAAUAUUCAUUUGAAAUAUUUGGGUAUGAUUUUAUGUUAGAUGAAAACUUAAAGCCAUGGCUUAUUGAAAUUAAUACUAAUCCAUGUCUGGAAGAAUCAUCACCAUUAUUAAAAGAAUUAAUACCAAAAAUGAUAGAUCAUGCAUUUAAAAUUGUUAUAGAUCCUUUAUUUACUAAAAUCUAAGAACCUACAGAUUGGGAUCAUCUCCUACAAUUAUGA